AUGUUUAGAAGAAAUCUAAUGGCCACCGGUCGUCUAAUAGGUAAUCAAACACUAACUCAAAUGCGCCAAACUAUAUAUAGGCCUCAACUAGUGGCAUUUAUGAGUACAGAAAUCCGUAAAGCUAUCGAGGAUGCCGUUUCUUCUGCUCCAGUAGUAUUAUUUAUGAAGGGCACACCAGAAUUUCCUCAAUGUGGCUUUUCUAAAGCCACGAUUGGAAUUUUAGGUCAACAAGGUGUUGAUCCCUUAAAAUUUGCUGCUUAUAAUGUAUUAGAAGAUCCUGAACUACGUGAAGCUAUUAAAGAAUUUACUGAAUGGCCAACUAUUCCUCAAUUAUUUGUGAAUAGUGAAUUUGUUGGUGGAUGCGAUGUCAUCAAGAGUAUGGCUAAAAGUGGAGAAUUAACAGAAUUGUUAGAAGAAGCCAAAGUAUUAGUUCCUGAGGAUUAUAAUUCUGAAAAGGAUCCAUAA